UAGGAUUACAGGCGUGAGCCACCGCGCCCAGUCCCAGCUCCUGUUUUAAACUUUGAGAACAGUUGUAUCCAAAACAGCAUAGUAUUGCUUUUUCCAGUGGUUUUUAGAAUUUCUGUAAGCAGUGUCAAACUGUACGCAAUAUUCUGGAACAUGCCUCUCCCACCGAGUAGGUGUUGGCUUUUCUAGUUGCAUCCAUGUUAAAAUACAUAGCUUCAGUGCAUUUGAACUACGUGAAUAUACCAUAGUCUAGCCAUUUAAAAGAAACUGAAGGCAGUGUGACGAGUGGGGAAAGGAGAGUGAGACGGCCGUGGGUUCAGUCCUCACGCCCACCCUUGCUGGCUCGCUGCCUGGCAAAGGCCUUUCCGCUUUCUGAAUCACUGGGCCGGACAACCCCUGCCUCACAAGGGAGUCAUGCGGUUGGAAUGAGGCAGUGUUAGAGAAAGCACCUAAAGCAAUGUCUAGCACAUAGCAAGUUCAUUACUAGUAGUUCCCUUUCCUUCCCCCUGCUAAUUAGUGGGGAGGGGCCAUGGUGAAGAACUAGACUUAGAGUGAUGGACUGCUUUUAAUAUUUGAAUUUUUAUGACAGUGACUCUCCUUUACAGACUUAACUAACCUUUCACGAUCCAGUCUUUACAAUCAUGCAAAGAUCAACUAACUCCAGGCCAGGGCAGUUGGGCACGAGUUCCAAUCUACUGAAUAGAUACCAGGAUAGGAGAAGUCCUUCUUCUUCUUUUUCAUUUUGGGAGAAAUAAUUCUUGCCCCUGGCAGCAGGGCUGCCCUUCACUUCCCAGCUGCGUUGUUCCUCCUUCAGACCUCGCCCCUCAAGGGACUUGCCCCCACCCAGCACCCCCCGACCUUCCCUAGGGCCCAGCCUCUCUGGUCCCGAGCGGUGGAGGAGCAGCGUCAGCCAGGCCGGGAAUGGCUGGCAGAGAGCUGCGCGGCCGGGGCUCCGGGCACGUCUCGUGCACAUCACCCGCUGGAAGAGGCUGCUGCUGAGAACCGCGUGAAACCCUCACUUCCUCUGCGCACGCAGGUUUCCAGCCACAAGCAGCCAAGCAGAGGGGCAGGCAGCACGCGGCCCGGCAGCCUGAGCACCAGCCCAGCCAUGGUCCCUGAGAUGAGUGACCACCAAGUGCUAGAUGUGUCUGAGAUCGCGUCCUUCCUGGAAAACUUCAGCUCUUCCUAUGACUAUGGAGAAAACGACAGCGACUCCUGCUGUGCCUCCCCGCCCUGCCCGCAGGACUUCAGCCUGAACUUCGACCGGGCCUUCCUGCCGGCCCUCUACGGCCUCCUCUUUGUCCUGGGGCUGGUGGGCAACGGCGCAGUGGUGGCCGUGCUGCUGAGCCGCCGGGCGGCCCUGAGCAGCACGGACACGUUCCUGCUGCACCUGGCGGCGGCCGACGCGCUGCUGGUGCUGACGCUGCCGCUCUGGGCGGUGGACACGGCCGUGCAGUGGGUGUUCGGCGCCGGCCUCUGCAAGGUGGCCGGCGCCCUCUUCAACAUCAACUUCUACGCGGGGGUGCUCCUGCUGGCCUGCAUCAGCUUCGACCGCUACCUGAGCAUAGUGCACGCCACCCAGCUCUACCGCCGGGGCCCCCGCGCCCGCGUGGCGCUCACCUGCAUGGCUGUGUGGGGGCUCUGUCUGCUCUUCGCCCUCCCAGACUUCAUCUUCCUGUCGGCCCGCUACGACGAGCGCCUCAACGCCACCCACUGCCAGUACAACUUCCCGCAGGUGGGCCGCACGGCUCUGCGGGUCCUGCAGCUGGUGGCUGGCUUCCUGCUGCCCCUGCUGGUCAUGGCCUACUGCUACGCCCGCAUCCUGGCCGUGCUGCUGGUGUCCAGGGGCCAGCGGCGCCUGCGCGCCAUGCGGCUGGUGGUCGUGGUGGUGGUGGCCUUCGCCCUCUGCUGGACCCCUUACCACCUGGUGGUGCUGGUGGACAUCCUCAUGGACCUGGGGGCGCUGGCCCGCAACUGUGGCCUGGAGAGCCGUGUGGACGUGGCCAAGUCGGUCACCUCGGGCCUGGGCUACAUGCACUGCUGCCUCAACCCGCUGCUCUACGCUUUCGUGGGGGUCAAGUUCCGAGAGCGGAUGUGGACCCUGCUCUGGCGCCUGGGCUGCCCCGACCAGAGAGGCGGCCAGCGGCAGCCGGCGUCCUCCCGCCGCGACUCGUCCUGGUCCGAGACCACAGAGGCCUCCUACUCUGGCUUGUGAGGCCGGAGUGCGGGCUCCCGUCUCCCCCGCCGCCCAACUGCCCCCGCGGUCCAGGCUCCUCCCCACUGCCCUUCUCAUUUGGAAACCAGAACUUGGCCUUCCCCGUGUGGACAGGAAAGGGGCACAGGGGACAUUGGCCCCGUGGGGCUGCGGCCCAGGCCUGCAGCUCAGCAGCAACUGUGGGCCGUGGUCCCCAAGAUCUCUGUAUUUGCUCAUUCCUAUUUUUAUGUCUACAAUCCUGCUUCAAAUUUUGUAAUAAACAAGAUCCUGAGGACCAGGGUGUGUGGGCGCAUCAUUCCAGCAGCCCUCCCCAGCCUCUGGGUAUGCGCUUCCUGCUCCCCCGCCUCCCCCGGCGCCCUGUCCUGCCUCUGCUGAUGUCUCUGCAGCCUGUGCUCUGCCCUCCUGGCAUUGUCGUUUCAUUCCCAGGCAAACACCAGGCACGUGAGCACAGGGCAAGCAGUUAGGCCACUGGCUGGGACAAUCGGGGAAUGGGGCUGUCACAUAAAUAAGAGCCAGACUCUGAGCUCCAGCUCCGGACAGCAGGAAAGAUGUGCUUAGAAGGAGCGAUGCCAGCAGCCUGCGCCAUGAGGCAAAGGAGUCGCGCAUGGACAACGAAGCUGGGGCGCAGAGCACUGAAGCCGGCACCAUGGGGAAGGCUUCCUGAAGACUUAAAGGACAAGGAGUAUUCCCAAGGGCGAAGAGAGGUGAAGACAGUAUUUCCAGGCAGAAGGGAGGACGGUAGCGGAGGUGGGGAGGCUGGAAACAGCAACGCCUAUCAGAGGAAUAUAAGCGGCCCCAACCGGCUAGUUAAGGGUUCAGGUAGGGAAAGGGUUGAAAACAAGACUGAAAGGUGGAUGGUGAUCAGGUGAUGGUAUUAGAGACCAGCCAGAAGGCGGACUUGGUCAUUCAGGGGAGGGUGACGCAGGCGACUACUAGGGAGAUGGCAGUGGGCUUGCAGAAAAGCAGCAAGGCUGGGCGACUCACCAACGGUCGUGAACACACGGCCACCUGGAGGUGGACUGUGGCGAGCAUUUUCCAGGGCGAGGGUUUGUGGCUGAAGUAAGCGGAGGAAACUCAGGCUGCCCGGAAGGGCAGGUGGCAGGGCUACUGGGCCACGGCAGAGGGUGAAGGGCUGAGUGGGUACACUGCACUGUCGGUCCCCCCGCCCCCGCCCCAUCCUGCGGUCUCGCAGGCCAGCUGGGCCCUUGAGGAAACUGCAGAUACGGCUGGAGGUGGGAAUGGGAAGUAGGAAUCCCAGGAGUUAGCUGGGGAAGCUCGUCCCACCCCAUAAACACACCCAAGCCCACCUGGCUUUGUGGUCUG